AUGCCUGAUUCCCACAGACGAACCUCCACUCCCCCCGGUGCCUCUCGCCGCCAUCCGCCGCCGCAGCAGCAGCCAGGCUGCUUCCGGAGCCGGGCGCCAGCGUCCCUGCAAAUCAACCGCCCCGAUUGGAAGGUCGCCAUCCCUCUCUUGACCCCGCUCGUCUCCCCAUCAUCACCCAAAGAAAUACAAACUUGGGCGCCUAAUUCCGGCGAAGGAUCCUCCAAUUCUUCAAAUCAUAAAGAAUCGGAGCCGGAGAAGCCGCCGGUUUUUAAGAAAUGGCAGCAUCCGGCCGCCCCUUUUCAGUACGAUUCCGGCCCUAUGGAUCCCAGAUUCGUCCCUGCUUAG